GGACGUUUGGAAUGAAAAUCGAGUUAACAUUGAAGGCAAAUCCUGUAACCCUUCGUUCAGUUUGCAGUUAGAAUUAUGUUACGUGCUUCAGACGACUCCUGUUUCUUCUUUUAGAGGCAUAAAAAAUUUUGUUCUGAGAUAUUUGCUGCGUAAAGUUUCGAGCUUCUUGAGCACUGGCCCCGCCAGAGUUACCUCUCCUAGCACAACAAACGCCUAUCUCUGACGGAGUAGAUUGCAGCUGAAGCUUGCCACUCGAGUGCAUCAGGUGAAUCGCGAAUCAAAUGCGCGGAAUUCCCGUGGGGGUGAUGUAAUUGUUCCUGUUUCGCCUGAGGAGAGAUAGCAACUGAUCCUCUGUGGCCAUGGGGCUGUAUUCCCCAAACAGCUGCACUGCGCUUAUGAGUUUUUGAUUGUAGAAGUUCCGCUGAAGAUUAAACGCCGGACGGGUAUUCAUCUGCAGAUGUUAGCUUCAGAUUUGGCAAGAUGACUUCAGCUUUUCUUCGUGGCUCCAGCAAUUUUGUAUGGAUUACCACAAGUGUUUUGGGAAAAGGAGCAACAGGUGCUGUGUAUCAGGGUGUUAACAAAAAUAAUGGUGAACCAGUAGCUGUCAAGACUUUUAACCAGGCUAGCCAUCAACGCAGUUCAGAGGUUCAACUGCGUGAAUUUGAAGUUAUUCAAAGGGUGAAACAUGAAAAUAUUGUUAAGCUCCUGGCCAUUGAAGAUGAGCAAGAUGGCAGAGGCAAAGUCAUUGUCAUGGAACUUUGCACUGGUGGAUCACUGUUCACGAUUCUUGAGGAUCCGGAAAACACUUAUGGAUUACAAGAAGAAGAGUUUUUAUUAGUAUUAAGUCAUUUGACAGCUGGAAUGAAACAUCUACGUGACAACAAUUUAGUUCAUCGUGAUCUUAAACCUGGAAAUAUUAUGAAAUUUAUUGCUGAAGAUGGACGUACUAUCUAUAAACUAACAGACUUUGGUGCUGCACGAGAACUUCAGGAAGACCAAAAAUUUGUAUCACUGUAUGGUACUGAAGAGUAUUUGCACCCUGAUCUUUUUGAACGGGCUGUGUUAAAAAAGCCCGUUGGAACAGCAUUUGGUGCUACUGUUGACCUAUGGUCUAUUGGUGUCACACUGUAUCAUGUUGCCACCGGCAAUCUUCCAUUCCGACCUUAUGGUGGCCGUAGAAAUAAGGAAACCAUGUUUUUCAUAACAACCAAAAAGGCUACUGGGGUAAUAUCUGGUAUUCAACUGCGAGAUAAUGGCCCCAUUGAAUGGAGCAAAGACUUGCCUAGCAAUUCUCGGCUUAGUGCUGGCUUGAAGAGACUAGUCAUUCCUCUUCUGGCAGGUCUCAUGGAAACUGAUCAUAAACGAGUUUGGAAGUUUGAUCGUUUCUUCUCUGAAGUCACUGACAUUUUAUCUCGUAAGCUUCUCCAUAUUUACCACUUAAACAAAAGCCAAACAGUCAGGGUGUAUUUACAUCCAGAAGGAACCUUUGCUGAAGUUCAGAGUUUGAUCAUGGAGCAAACUAAUGUAGCACCACACAAGCAAAUUUUACUUCUAAAGGAUCGACCUUUCUUGGAUGUAAUUGAUGAGAACACUCCUGGACGAGGAUACCCAAAAAUUGAAGAGGAGUGUCCCAUAAUGCUCUUGAGUAAAGAUAACAACAAUGUUGUUACUGCAUCAGAAAAUCCUCUACCUGAUUUCCCUAAAUUUCCUACACUUGUCUCUGUUGAGAAUGAUGCCAGCAUUGCCAAAGUUGCCUGCAGUGUGGGUCAUGAGUGUAAGAGGCGUAUUGAGAAACUAGCCCAGACAAGCAGGUUGAACGGCCUGUGUGUGGAAGUCAUGUCAACUGUUGUGAGCAGGGACCUGGAGAGAGUUUUGCAGCGCAGUGAAAAUCUGCAAGCAUUGUCCUCCUAUGUGAGAGAUGUUGUGAAUGUGGCAUGCAGAUCUCACAAUGCUAUACGAGAACUGGAUAGUAGCUCUGAAAAUCCUUCAAAUACUGUACCAACUGAUUGGAAAACAGAACUGAAUAAUUUAACAAAAGAGCUAACUGAAAAUUUAGCUCCAGCAAUCAAGCAGCUUCAUGACCGUUAUGUGAUAGAGAAGACUCUGUUAAGGAAGUGGACUGAUUCCUCGAGAAAUGUAGUUUGUCCAUCAGAAACUCGAAUGCCCAAUGUAGCUAGGACUCUUGUAGAUCGCCUUAGAGAGUCCUGGCAGCAUUUGCUACGAGAUAAGGCUACUCGAAGUCUGACCUAUAAUGAUGAACAGUUCCAUGUGUUGGAAAGAAUUAAAGUUGUUGAUGCUGGUCAGCAGCUCAGGUCAUUAUUGGAUCAAAAAUCUGCUCCCCCACUAGCUCAGCAAGCAGAGAACAUGGCAGAUUGCUACAUAAUGGCUCAAACAGUAUUUUCUCAGACUCAAAUAUUGGAGAAAGAUGUGACUCAGUAUGAACAACAUCUUGAUAGAUUUAAGUGUAUUGUUGUUGAGGCUGAUCGUGUCAUCCAUGACAGGCUGCUGACUAAACAGCUACGGGGUGAAGCAAAGAAGGAUAAACCAUCAAAGUCUCCGUUCCGCAGCAAGGAGGAGUGUCUCAAAUUUACUAAGGCUAUUGAAGAAAUGAUUAAUAUGAAGAAGGGUGUCCAUGACACAGUACUUGAAAAUAGACAGUUGGUAAAUCAAAUCAGAGAGAUCACUCUCAACUUUCAGCAAGGGGAUUCAGUUAGCCAGCUUCAAGACAUUACUCUCAACCUACAGCCAGGAGAUUUAGUUAGCCCUUAGUCCAUAGCGAAUGACAAACUGUGAUAGCUCAGUUAGAUUUGUAUUCAGUCUUGAAUUACAGGUUUCCUGUUAUUUUUUCCAUUUUUCAUAAAAAAAAUUUGUUUGUUAAUAUGUUUAUAUGAUUUAUCAAUUUCUCUGUUAGCCUGUCAACUUUAUCUCUUGCACUGUUGAUUUGUGCCCCUCUUAUUCACUUCUCUAAUGUAUAGAGAAUGGUGCUAAUCUUAUGUUCUUUUUGAAAAUAUAUUUUCAAGAAUAUCAGUACAAA